AUGCGCCUCCUCACCACUCUCAUCCCCAUCCUCCUGCCCCUGAGCGCCGCCUGGCGAGUAGAAUGGACUCUCCUCGACGGCACCCGUCUCUGGUCGACCGGCACCUUUGUCGACAGCGGCAGCAUCGACGACACAACAAACUGCAUGACGGUCCCCUGGACCACACCCAUGCCCAUCAAAGCCGUCGAAUGGUGGGAAUACAAAGACAACACCAUCAACGCCACCAAGCCAGGGUGGGCUUACUGGCAUCCUUUUAAAGAUUACUUUGAGGGUUGGGGAAAUCCGAAUGUGGGGAGUUUCAGAGUUUAUUGGGCGCGGGAGGGUGGGAGACCUCCGCCGUCGAAGGCCGAGAGGGAAGCUGCUGAAGCUGUUGAAGCUGCUGCCCUCGCUACAGUUGCUGCUGCUGCUGCUGAGGGGAGGAAUGGGGUUGGGAUAGGGAAUGGGACUGUGGUUGGGAAUGGAAGUGUUGUUGGGAAUCAGACUGUCGUGAGGAAGACCGAGAGGGUCAGGAGGGAGGUGCAUGUACGAAUCUAA